CUUUCUUUCUUUCUUUUGUCUUUAGAUCUGAGGCGGUCAGAGAUGACUCUGGUUCUGUCCAUGAAUAGAUUCUGCGAGCCCAUUGUCUCGGAAGGAGCUGCUGAAAUUGCUGGGUACCAGACACUAUGGGAGGCUGACAGCUACGGAGGCCCGAGUCCCCCUGGGCCAGCACAGGCUCCUCCGCAGGGAGACCGGGGAGCCGGUCCGCCACUGGCAGGAUCACAUUACAGGGGAAUUUCAAAUCCUAUAACAACAUCCAAGAUCACAUACUUUAAGAGGAAGUAUGUGGAAGAAGAGGAUUUUCACCCACCACUCAGCAGCUGUAGCCAUAAAACCAUCUCGAUUUUUGAGGAACGAGCCCACAUCCUGUAUAUGUCAUUAGAAAAGCUCAAGUUUAUCGAUGAUCCUGAAGUGUACCUCCGAAGGUCCGUCCUUAUCAACAACUUGAUGAAACGGAUCCACGGCGAGAUUAUCAUGCAGAAUAACUGGUGCUUUCCUGCCUGCUCUUUCAACGGCCCCUCUGCCCAAGAGUGGUUUCUGGCUCAAGACUGUCCUUACCGAAAACGACCGCGGAUGGCCAAAGAGGAGUGUGAAAAGUUUCACGCCUGCUGCUUUUACCAGGAAUGUGGUGGUCACUACCUAAACCUGCCCCUUUCUGUCCAUGCUAGUGUCGGAAGUGCCUCCACCACUGCCCCCUCUUCCUCCUCGUCUUCCUCUUCCCCUCCCCCUCUGCCUUUACCGAGUUGUUCCCACCAGGUGGAUUUCAGUGUAGGCUGUGCAUCUGCUUACAAGGGUGACGGUCAGGUACCCGCCAGCGAAAUCUUUGUUACUAAUGUCAGGUCACUAGGUGUUCAGGAAAAGGCCACAUUAAGUGAGGAGAAGGCAAAUAACGACACCAACAGGGAUGGUGGCCCAUUAAGCCAUGAACCUGUGGGAAACGACCUUGCUUUUGAGUGCAAAGGCCAAUUUUACGAUUAUUUUGAGACUGGAUAUAAUGACAAAAACAAUGUGAGUGAGUCUUGGAAAAAGUCCUUAAGGAAAAAGGAGCCUUCACCAAGUAACAAACCGUGCUGUGGCAAAGGGAGCAAACUAUGAGCCAUCUUUCCACCGAACCUCUGAAGCAUGCACAGCAUGACCAAUUAGCUCUCAUAAAUUUUAUUUUGAAUGGAUUUUAUAGUUUUGUACAACUGAUAAAAUUAUGCCAUGAACACGCCGUGUCGUUUUAAUGCCUGGAGAGCAGAUUGCGUAAAACCUCUGUAGAGUAGGCAUCAGCGAGCUACUUCUCAAUGUGGUGAUGUUACCAAGAACACAGUUGACUCGAUGCUUAAAAGUAUACCUUAGUUUUCUCACAGAAAAGGUCCAGUAGAUUAGACUGGGGGACAGUGUGCCCUUGUGACCUUUCCAUGACCCCCCCCCAAGGAGCCUGUCACUAGCUAAGAAACCGCAACAUGUUUGCCAAUCGAUUAGGUAGUUGUUUGGUCAGCAAAUCAACAUAACCAGCAAAGGAUGUCUGUUGCUUCUAUGUGAUACAGUAUUUUUUUUCUGAAUGAAAGACUGAAGACAGGGAGCUAGAUGAAGUGGCUUCACCGUGCCAUUAAGGACUUGUCUUUAACAGUCUUGCAUGACAGACGAAAAUAGGAUGUAACAUAAUGAAACACCUGUC